AGAGUCAGUGUGAGUGGAGGGGAACUGCAGUCAGGACCAUGUUUGUCACUGUCCUGCACGGCGACGGCAGGAUGGACAUCUUAAAUCUCAACUGCAAGCUGAUAAACUUCAUCCAGCAUUUAAAGGAGAGGUGCGGUCUGGACUACAAAGAGUGUGUGGAGCUGAUGGACAGCGGGGGCAGAGUGAUGAAUCUGGAGGCGAAGCAGCAGAGUGUAGCUCAGGCCAGCAGCGUGCUGACGGAGAGACAGAACUACUUCCUGCUGAGAGUCUGCAGAGAAGAUGAUCCUGGAGGUCAGAAAUACGUGUCUCUUCUGGACCCCUGCAGACACCCGGAGAUAACAGAGCUGCUGAGGAAACUGUCUAACCCCGAUCAGGAGCAAGAGAAAAAAGUCAGAGGACGGACGCAGAGGAGCAAACACGUCAACAAGAAAACAUAACUCCAAUAGUUUAAGAGUCAGCGGUGGAAGAAGUCUCACAUUUUGUAAAACUAGCUAUACUAGUGGUUAAAGUGGUUAGGGGCUUGGCCUGGGAACUGGAAGGUCACCAGUUCAAGUCCCCGAAAGACCAAGUGCUACCGUGUCGUCCCUGAGCAAGGCACCGUCCCCUACACUGCUCCCCGGGCGCCGUACAUGUGGCAGCCCACUGCUCCUAACGCUAAGAUGGGUCAAAUGCACAAGAUCGAAUUUCCCCACGGGGAUUAAUGAAAGUACAUCUUACUAAAGAGUAAAAUCCUGCCACAAGUAAGAGUCCUGCAUCAAAGUAUACAGAAUCAAUGUUGAUGAAUAGUUGAAGGUGGAGUUUAUUUAAACUGCUCGGUAGCUUUACCUUUAAUAACACAUCAUUAUAAGGUGAUUUAUUUAAUAAUUAAAGCUAUAAAAUACACAAAGUGGAGUAAAAGUAAUAUUUCCUCUGAACUGAAGACGAGUAGAGGUCAAUAAAGUAGAAUAACGUGAAAAUAUUCAAGUAUACUUCAUGUUUGUACUUGAGUCUAAUUACGCAUUUUUAUCUUGUAUGUUUUUUAUGGUAUGGUGUUUUGCAAUAUGUAAAUGGGCUUUUUUUCAAUCAAGGAAAUCAAUAUAUAUUUUUUGUUUUGCUUUUUACAUAUUAAAUGAUACAAAAUGUA